AUGACUCGGAAAAGGCUGCGUUCUGUGGCUGCCUGGGGAUUCAUUGCGUGGGAAAUAGGAAUUUUGCUGAGUCUGGUAGCGUCAAAAGAACCGGAAAACCCCAGAGGAAGAACAGCACCCAUGUCACCCUCUGACUUCCUCGACAAACUCAUGGGAAGAACCUCAGGUUAUGAUGCCAGAAUUAGGCCCAACUUUAAAGGUCCACCUGUGAAUGUAUCAUGCAACAUAUUCAUUAACAGCUUUGGCUCCAUCGCCGAGACAACUAUGGAUUACAGAGUGAACAUAUUUCUCCGGCAGCAGUGGAACGACCCACGGUUAGCUUACAGCGAAUAUCCAGAUAACUCUCUGGACCUGGAUCCCUCUAUGUUAGACUCUAUUUGGAAGCCUGAUCUGUUCUUUGCCAAUGAGAAGGGGGCACACUUCCACGAGGUUACCACAGACAACAAGCUCUUGAGAAUAUUCCAUAAUGGAAAUGUCCUCUAUUCAAUCAGAUUGACUCUGACGCUUUCAUGUCCAAUGGAUCUGAAAAAUUUCCCCAUGGAUGUCCAGACGUGCAUAAUGCAGUUGGAGAGUUUUGGCUAUACAAUGAACGACCUCAUCUUUGAGUGGCAAGAGAAGGGUCCUGUGCAGGUAGCUGACGGACUCACCCUCCCACAGUUCAUCCUCAAGGAUGAGUCUGAUUUAAGAUACUGCACCAAACACUACAACACAGGGAAGUUCACAUGCAUCGAGGUGCGUUUUCACCUGGAAAGACAGAUGGGCUAUUACCUGAUCCAGAUGUACAUUCCCAGCCUGCUCAUUGUCAUCCUCUCCUGGGUCUCCUUCUGGAUCAACAUGGAUGCAGCACCUGCCCGUGUCGCCCUGGGAAUCACUACAGUGCUCACCAUGACAACGCAGAGUUCUGGAUCCAGGACAUCCUUACCUAAGGUGUCCUAUGUGAAAGCCAUUGACAUUUGGAUGGCUGUGUGCUUGCUCUUUGUCUUCUCUGCCCUGCUGGAGUAUGCCGCAGUCAACUUUGUUUCACGACAACACAAGGAGCUCUUACGGUUGCGACGGAGAAGAAAUAAGUCCAGCAAGGCUAUCAACCAAACAUAUGAAGAGGAGCUUACUGAGUCAUUGCGUCGCAUCAAUGGCCUGCGCAGUGCUGAGCCUGUUUAUGGAUCGAUGGGCCAAAUCGAUGAAUCAAAUGAUGUGGAGGAGGACGUGCGGGAGAGCCGACUGAGCUUCACGCCCAAUGCAGGGAAGGACGGAGCUGUGCCCAAAGCUGCUAACAAUGCGGCCACAGCACACUCUGAGCCAACCCCUGCUGUUGGAAAGAGUCAUGAGGAGAUGAGAAAACUCUUCAUUGACCGGGCCAAGAAGAUCGACACUGUGUCCCGUGCUGGCUUCCCACUGGCCUUCCUGUUUUUCAACAUUUUCUACUGGGUUCUGUACAAAAUCCUUCGCCACGAGGAUGUACACAAGCCAUAG